GUGCUUAAUUUAUGGGACUGUCAUUUUUCCUCAGUAGGAAAUUUAGCUGUUCCUUCAGGAGCUGGCAAAGUUCUUCUGCAAAGCUGUAGUUUCCAGUUAUUCUGCAUAUUUGUAUUUUAGAAUCAGGGUGUUUUUUUUGUUGUUUUUUUUAACUGUGUACUGAAGCACUAAUGAUGGAUCUGUGGGCCCGAGUGGCCGUCCUGUCUUUGGUGCUGCAACAGCUGGCACUUGUCACAGCACAGGGAAUUGUCUAUGACCUGCUGGUGUCUCCAGACUGCCUACCAGACCUGCUUCAAGGAAGCCUGAAGAACAAAGGUCGAGACGAGGCGUUCCUCCUCUCCUCCUUCAGGCUGCAGAACAGGGCCCCCACUUCUCUCUUCAGUAUCAUCAACCCCAAAGAUAACACCAAGUACCUGGAGUUCAAUGUGCAGGCCAAACUUAACAAGGUCACUUUACGUUACCAGAAGACCGACGGCAGGUAUGGCACAACCAGUUUUAACCACCCCUUGCUGGCAGAUGGCAGAGAGCACCAUGUGAUGCUGCAUGCCAGUGGGCUUCAGCGCGGUCCACCUCGCCUUAACAUCUAUGUAGACUGCAGGCUGGCGCACACUUUGGAUUAUCUCCCCGCAGCAUUUGGGUCGCUCCCACCUGGUCCCAACAAGGUGGCACUCAGGACCCUGCAGUCAACUGGGCAGGAUGAACUGACAGACUUGAAGCUGGUGAUAGAGGACACCAUAGACAAUGUAGCCACUCUCCAGGACUGUAGCAUGCAGCAGAGUGAAACGCUACAGCUGCUGGGUAUCCAGGGAGGCAGGAUGGAGCAAGACCAGGCCUCCAUGGUGGAGCUGAAGACACUGCUGUUUGAGAUGAAGGAGCUACUCAACCAACAGAUUAAGGAGACAGCUUUUCUGAGGAAUACCAUUUUGGAGUGUCUUGCCUGUGGUCUUGGGGGAGGCCCAACCAACCCAGGUCCAGUUCCAGGUCCAGGGGGUUACCCUGUGCAGCCUCAGUCUCUGUCCCAGUGCAAACCUGGGACCUGUUUCAGGCAGGACAUGUGUAUCCGCACAGAGGGAGGGGGUUUUCAGUGCGCCCCCUGUCCCGAUGGAUAUACGGGAGAUGGGGUUCACUGUGAUGAUGUUGAUGAGUGCCAGUUUAACCCUUGCUUCCCCGGUGUGCGGUGUGUGAACACUGCUCCUGGCUUCCGCUGUGAGAGGUGCCCUCUGGGAUACACGGGGCCAGAGCUCAGUGGAGUGGGAGUAGCGUACGCUAAAACACACAAACAGGUGUGUGAUGAUAUAGAUGAGUGUCUGGGACCGCCUGAAAACGGAGGCUGCACUGCUAACUCCCAUUGCCACAACACUCAUGGCUCCUUCCGCUGCGGGGAGUGUAAGAGUGGCUUCACUGGCGACCAGGUGAGAGGCUGCCAGGGCCAGAGGCUGUGUGCCAACGGCCAGCCCAACCCCUGUGACGCCAACGCAGAGUGUAUCGUGGAGAGGGACGGCAGCAUCAGCUGUGCCUGUGGCGUCGGUUGGGCAGGCAACGGCUACGUGUGUGGAAAGGACACAGACAUUGACGCAUAUCCUGACAUCGAUCUGAAGUGCAGGGACAACAACUGUAAUAAGGACAACUGUGUGUUUGUGCCUAACUCUGGCCAAGAGGACGCAGACAGGGACGGGAUAGGCGAUGCUUGUGACGAUGACGCAGACAGUGACGGGAUUAUUAACAUCGAGGAUAACUGCUGGUUGGUUCCAAAUGUGGACCAGAGGAACAGCGAUAAAGAUCUCCAUGGCGACGCCUGUGACAACUGCAGGACAAUAGAAAACCCUUCACAGAGGGAUACUGACAAAGACGGGCUGGGAGACGAAUGUGAUGAUGACAUGGAUGGGGAUGGCUUGAAGAAUAUCCUUGACAACUGCCAGCGAGUCCCAAACCCAGACCAGAAAGACAGAGACAACGAUGGGGUGGGAGAUGCCUGUGAUAGCUGCCCUGAUAUGGUCAACCCUAACCAGUUUGACUCAGAUGAUGACCUGGUAGGAGACACUUGUGAUGACAACAUAGACAGUGAUGGAGACGGCCACCAGAACACAAAGGACAACUGUCCCAACGUCAUCAACUCCGCUCAGCUGGACACUGACAAGGACGGAAUGGGAGAUGAGUGUGACGAUGACGAUGACAACGAUGGCAUUCUGGACGACGUGGACAACUGCCGGCUUGUUGUGAACCCCGAUCAAAAGGAUGAAGACAAUGACAACGUUGGAGAUGCGUGUGCCGGUGACUUCGACGAUGACAAGGUCAUUGACCGAAUAGACAACUGCCCGGAGAACGCUGAGAUCACCCUGACCGACUUCAGGGCCUAUCAGACCGUGGUGCUGGACCCAGAGGGCGACGCUCAGAUAGACCCCAACUGGGUGGUGCUCAACCAGGGCAUGGAGAUAGUUCAGACCAUGAAUUCUGACCCAGGCCUUGCUGUAGGCUACACGGCAUUCAGCGGGGUCGACUUUGAGGGGACUUUCCAUGUGAACACCGUGACAGAUGAUGACUAUGCUGGUUUCAUCUUCGGCUACCAGGACUCCUCCUCCUUCUACGUGGUGAUGUGGAAACAGACUGAACAAACCUACUGGCAGGCUGUUCCCUUCAGGGCUGUGGCCGAGCCUGGAAUACAGCUCAAGGCGGUGAAGUCUAAUACGGGUCCGGGUGAGUAUCUGAGGAACUCGCUGUGGCACACAGGAGACACCACAGACCAGGUCCGUCUGCUGUGGAAGGACCCCAGGAACGUCGGCUGGAAGGACAAGGUCUCCUACCGCUGGUACCUCCAGCACAGGCCGCAGGUUGGAUACAUCAGAGCUCGCUUCUAUGAGGGCUCCACCCUGGUGGCAGACUCUGGGGUGAUCAUCGACACCAGCAUGAGAGGAGGGAGACUGGGCGUGUUCUGCUUCUCCCAGGAGAAUAUCAUCUGGUCCAAUCUGAAGUACCGCUGCAAUGACACUAUUCCUGCGGAUUACCAGGAGUUCAGCACCCAGAACACAGACUGAAGUCAUCUUUUAUGGAACACAUAUACAAAUAUGGAAAGAGAGAGCAAGGGCAGGAGAGUGAUUAAUCAAUGACAGGAGAAAAAAGAAACAAAGACCAAAGAGGAGAACGAGUUACAGGAAGAUAGAUGAACAUGGAAGGAAAGUACUGAGGAAUAACUUGAGGGAGAAAACCGUUUUGGUGAAAGGCUUGUAUUGAAACUAUGUAAUUAAUAUGUGGAUGGAGCUACAGUGAAGGAGCCAACCAAGGUAUUAAGAAAGCAUAACUUUGGGCAUUAUAUUCAACUCCUGGAUUUAGCAUAACUGAAUUCAGUACAUUGUAUACAUGUGUGCACCUUCAUCGGCAGGUUCUGUGUAUGUCUAUACAAUUUCAUUGGCACAUUUAUUUCAACCUCUUUUAUGAAGACUAUUACAACUUUAAUAUUAUUUUUGAACUAGUGUAUAAUAAA